AUGCCUUCCCAGAACUCUACCAACAAGGGCCAGGCCACUCCUGCUGGCACCAGCACAAACUCCACCCCACAAUCGUCUGGCCAACAACCUGCUACCACUCAAAGCGUGAUGUUGCAGAACUAUAUCAACCAGUCGGCAAAGGACUCCUCCAAGACCUGGUUCAACUCUACUUAA